CGGGGGCCGGGCCGGGCCGGGGCGCUGGCAGCAGCCGCAGCCGCCGCAGCCCGCUGUGCCCCGGCGCGCGGGGCCGCCCCGCCCCGCCCCGCCCCGCCCCGCCCCGCCAUGCCCGGCUCGCUCUACCAGCCCGACGGCGGCGAGGCGCCGCGCUGCCCGCCCGGCCUGGCGCUGCUGAGCCCCGCGCCGCCGCCGCCGCCGCCCGCCGAGCCCCAGCCGCAGCCGCAGCCCGAGCCGGGCAGCCGGGGGUGCCCCGCGCGGGACGAGGCGCUGCGCUUCGCGCUGGACCAGCUCUCGCUGCUGGGGCUGGACGAGGAGGCGGCGGCAGUGGCGGCGGGGGAGGCCGGGGCCGCCGGGCCGGAGGAGGCGGCGCUGGGCGGGCGGCCCCGGCUGGAGCCAGGUGCGAGCCCCCCCCCGGCCGCCGCCCCCGCCCCGGACGCCUUCGGCACCUUCCCGCUGCCGCACCCGCUGCUGGCCGAGCCGAUGAGUCUCCUGGGCAGCCGGAAGAAGAGCGUGAACAUGACGGAGUGCGUCCCCGUGCCCAGCUCCGAGCACGUCGCCGAGAUCGUGGGGCGGCAAGGUUGCAAGAUCAAAGCUCUGCGUGCCAAAACCAACACCUACAUCAAAACGCCAGUCAGAGGAGAGGAGCCCGUCUUCAUUGUCACCGGGAGGAAGGAGGACGUGGAGAUGGCCAAGAGGGAGAUCCUCUCAGCAGCUGAACAUUUCUCCAUGAUCCGGGCGACACGCAACAAGGUCAACGGCUUGACAGGAGCCAUGCAGGGCCCUCCCAACCUGCCGGGACAGACCACCAUUCAGGUGCGGGUCCCCUACCGUGUGGUAGGCCUGGUGGUGGGACCCAAAGGGGCCACCAUCAAGAGGAUCCAGCAGCAGACGCACACGUACAUCGUCACGCCCAGCCGAGACAAAGAGCCUGUCUUCGAGGUAACGGGGAUGCCUGAAAACGUGGACCGGGCCCGGGAGGAGAUCGAAGCUCACAUCACCAUGAGGACAGGAUCCUUCAUCGAUGUGAAUGCCGACAACGACUUCCACUCCAACGGCACCGACGUUUGCCUCGACCUGCUGGGCAACACGGCCAGUCUGUGGGCCAAGGCACCCAACCCGGCCCGCAGGCCGUCAGCUGGCCUGCGCAACGACAGCCUCAGCUCCUUGGGCAGCACCUCCACUGAGUCAUACUACAGCGGGCGGGUGGCAGACACCAGCCCCACCAGCCCCUACAGCACCAGCAGCGGCUUCACCUUCGGCGACCCCCAGGCACCGCUCGGCUCAGAGGAGUGUGACUUUGGCUUCGACUUCCUGGCCCUCGACCUCACCACGCCGACCACCAUCUGGUCUCCCUUUGAGCGCUCCAACCCCCUGCAGGCCUUCAGCAGCUGCUCCUCCGUCAACGGCUCCCAGCGACGCAACAGCAGCAUCAGUGGGACGGCCACCCCCCGGCACUCUCCGACCCUCCCCGAGAGCAGCGUCGCCCUGGACCACCCCUUAGCACGCCGCAUCCAGAGCGACCCGGUCAGCACCUUGUCUUGGCUGCCCACCCAAGGCUCGCUCUCGUCCUUCUCCAACAGUACGGGCUACUCCUCCUCCUCGUCCCUGCCGGGCAGCAUCUCGGCCACCUCGGGCUCCCCCACGGAUUCCAGCAGUUCCGACGGGCCCCGCAAGAGCUCCCGGGAGUGCAUGGUGUGCUUCGAGAGCGAGGUCAUUGCCGCCUUGGUGCCCUGCGGCCACAACCUCUUCUGUAUGGAGUGUGCCAUCCGCAUCUGCGGCAAGGCCGAGCCGGAGUGUCCUGCCUGCCACACCCCGGCCACCCAAGCCAUCCACAUCUUCUCGUAGCUGUCCGUCCAGAGCCGGAGCGGAGGGCGCCCCCCCCCACCCCCUACAACACAGCUUUUUAAGAACUUUUAACUGUUUAAAUCAACCUUUUUAUUUAACGGAUCAGACUGGGGACACGGGGGGAGGGGGAAAGAGAUGCUAUUUCUCGCUGGGUAGGAAGCUGGAGGGAGAGAUUGUGGGGGGGGUUGGACAAAAUGGGCGUUUUGGGGGGGGUGGGGAGAGAAGGGACAGAGGAGAGCGCCAGGAAAGAGGGGUGCAAAAUUGCCGAGGGGAGAAAAAUCAAAUGUUUACAGAAUAGCUUUAACUCUGGGUCCAGCCACAGGGCUGGGACGGAGAAUGACCAGCUGUUCUUCAACAGUUCUUUCCAAAUAACAGUAUUCAGUUUGCAAAGUGAAAUAAACAAGACAGAAAAGGUCCGGUUGCACUUUUUAUUUUAGGACACACAAGGGUUGUCUUUAUUUUUUUAAAAGCAUUCUAUUAUUAUUAUAAUUUUUGGUUUUUGUAUGUACAGUAGUUAUUUUUUGGACAGUUAUAUGUUAUUUUUAUAUAUAUAUAAUAAAUAUAUUUAAUAAAUAUAUAUAUUUAUUAUAUAUAUAUAUAUAUAUAUAGAACAUUCUUUUUUGUAACAGUUCUAGCUUCUAUUUUGCCAAUGUGAAAAACUGCCCAAAAUGCAUUGAGAAGGCCAGUGUUGUGGCCUGGGGAGGAAGGGGGAAGAGGGGGUUGGAGAAGGCAGCCGAGGGAUGGGGACCCAGGUUACCCACAUCUUGUCACACAACACAGUGAUUUCUAUCUCCUUUUUAUUUUGUGGUUGGUUUUUUUUGUUCGUUUGUUUGGGUUGUUUUUGGUUGUUUUUGUUUUUUUUUUUUAGUUUUAUUUUUUUAUUUUUUACCUCUUCUGUAUAUGUAGGGAAUUUAUAGGGAAAUAUGGACUUUAUUGAAUAAAUUUUAAAAACUAAAAUAUAUUUUAUUUUAAAAGAAAAUAACGGACCUUUGACCUUACAUGGCUAAAGUACUGAUUAUAUAUUUGCUGAGCUGACUUGACGGUUAUGAAAUUGUAUCAAGAGUUUUAUUUUUUGACUUCAAAGCCUUCUUAAUAAAGACUUUUUACUAUAUAUGAAUAUA